AUGACGACCAACAACUCUAAUCUAGCGCUCCUUAUCGACGGGGACAAUGUCUCACCAAAAAUCAUCGCUGGUCUCAUGACCGAGAUAGCCAACUACGGUACUGCGAGUGUCAGGCGAAUCUAUGGCGACUGGACCAACCCUUCGUUGAAGAAUUGGAAAACAUGCCUGCUGAAGCACUCGAUAACACCGAUGCAACAAUUCGCGUAUACCAGUGGCAAGAACUCCACGGAUGGCGCCAUGAUCAUCGACGCCAUGGACCUCCUAUACACUGGUCGAUUCUCCAGCUUUUGCAUCGUCUCGAGCGACAGUGACUUCACGCGCCUCGCCGCCCGUAUCCGCGAACAGGGUGUCACGGUCCACGGCUUUGGAGAGCGGAAGACCAAUUCGGCGUUUAUUGCUGCUUGCGACAAAUUCAUGUACUUCGAUGCCCUCAGCGUGGAAUCCGACGAGUCGCUCUGCACACCUCAAUCACCAAGGGCGGGCCUGUCUACGGCUCUCAUUCGUCCACAGCCUGCUAAAAGACCCCUCGACUUUGCAGCCAUCAAGGGUUUGAUGACGGCGGUGGCCAAUGCCCCGAGCUACAGCGAAGACUGGGUCAACCUAGCCGAGGUAGGGAACUUGCUGAACAAGCUUUCCCCUGAUCUGCACCCGCGCAAUUAUGGUUAUGAACGCCUUCGAGAGUUCGCGGAAGCGUCUGGAAUCAUGGAAUUGAGGUACAAGCAAAUGGGCGAUAAACCCCCGAUUGUCCUCAUCCGUCUGGGAAAUCGAGCAUAG